CAUUAUUCAAACUUUUAAAAUUACUAAUUUGUUAAAAUUUUCUUUAUUCACAGGUGUUAUCUAAUGGACUUGAUAUUUCGUCUCCGGAGGUCACUUCAACAAAUAAAUGACAGUAUGUUGGGACAGGAAUUCCAGCAGACCAAUAAUCAUAAUAAUGAUUUCAAUCUUGGACCACAAAAUGGACCCACUUCAAGUACAUUUGGGUAUUAUGCGCAACUCACUCCUCCGUAUUCACCUGAUUCUAAGGAGUGCACUUCUUCGGUUGCUGUGCCUCCGGCACUCCAGCAAAGCAGUUCGACUUAUGUUGGAGAUUAUCACGGGGGUAGUAAUUUGUCACAUGGCCCAUUCCAUUCUGAUACCGGAGUUGAUCCUACAAGUACUCUAGCAGCAAGGGUGUCUCCAAGUAUAUCCCAACAAUCUGACUUUUCCACACGAAACACUUCACUACACGAAAACGACGUCAACAUUUCUCUGCCGAAUGCUAAAAAUGAUGGCGGUCCAUUCAAUGGACCAAAACCGGGCGGUCCAGAACCGGGCCAGUCAACUCGACGGGUAAGCAAAAGAAAAUCAGUCAAAUGCAAGAAGUGUCAAGUGCCAUUUGACACAGAAGUUGAGUUGCGGACUCAUCAGGAAGAGACUCACUUUAAUCCGGAGAAAAUCAUUCGAUGCCCGAACGAGAACUGUGCGUUUGUAACUGACCUAAAACACCAUUGGGAGUACCACAUGAAAAGGCACGGAGGAACAAAACCUUUCGGGUGUGACCUGUGCUCAUAUAGUUGCAUUAACAAGGCAAUGCUAAAGAGCCACAUGAAAAAACACUCGAAGAUAUUUCAAUACCACUGUCGUGACUGCCAAGUGAAAUCCAACUUUCACCAUGACUUCAAGAAGCAUCUUGAGGCGACCAGACAUCGACAAGGGCCAACCUUCGAUGAGUAUGGGAACCCUUCUGACAAGAUAAUUGAUGUCGGCGGGAAGCGCAGAGGACUGAAAAAGCCUGCCCAAAAAGAAACAAAAAUCUGCCCAGCAACAGUGGUGUCUCCUCCUGAAACUUCACAUUAUAGCUUGGGCCCUGUUCAAGUCGCUCCACUGGACCUGAGCAAAACAGGUUCAAGUAUCAAUCCAAUGGACCUAAGCUAAUGGACGUAAGUGUAUUAAAAAAAAAUAAUAAUGUAUUGACUGUAUAUUAUUCAGUACAUUAUUAUAAAAUUAGUUUUCCACACAAAUUAUCAGUCAGUAAUUAAAAUGUUUGAUGUAAAUCUAAAAAAUUUUAAAUUCAAAGGGGGUCAAACCAAAAUUACAUUUUUUUUUUUUCUAA